AUGGCCUCCGGAGCCAGUGCUCCACAACCGGACCUCCAGCGGCCGCUGAAUGGGAGCCUUGCUGAUGCGCCGGCCGGUCCAACCACUCCCGACCUGCAGGAGCCCCUGCUUCCUCCCGCCGCCGCUGGCGGUGGGGACGCCGGCGGCGAGGCGCCGGCGGUUGCUGAGAGCAAGCGCAUCCUCUUCUUGGGCGGGCCGUUGGUGAUCGAGGAGGUGGUGUCCUAUGCCUCCACCCUGGUAGCCAUGGGCAUGGUGGGGCGCCUCGGGGCCAGCGCCCUGGGAGCAUACACCCUUGCCCACAGCAUCACCAACAUCACCGGCAUCGCCCUGCUCAACGGCGUGACGGGGGCCGUGGACACCUUUGGCUCCCAGGCCCACGGCUCCCGCUCCUACGCCGCCAUCGGGCUGGUGCUGCAGCGCGCUCUGGCCUUCUCCCUGGCCACCUGCGCCCCGCUCAUGCUCCUCUACGCCUGCGCCCACCCGCUGCUGCUGGCGCUGGGGCAGCAGGCGGCGCUGGCGGCGGCGGCGGCGCGGUACAUCCACCUCUUCGCCCCAGUCGUACCGCUGCACGCCAUCAACCUCUGCCUGUACCGCACACUGGCCAGCCAGGGAGCCACCAUGUAUGUUCUUGCGGCGGGCGCCGUCUUCUUCGCUGCCACCGGCCCCAUCAACUGGCUGCUCAUCUUCAAGCUUGGCAUGGGCCUGGACGGCUCGGCCCUGGCCUUUGUGGCCUGCGAGCUGAUCUACAUCGCCUGCCUGCUGGCCCUGUGCGCCCUGCACAACGCGCGGCGCCCCCCCCAGGAGCGGUGGUGGCGCGGGUGGAGCCGCGACGCGCUGCGCGGCUGGGGGCCCUUCCUCCGCCUCACCCUGGCCGCCACCGCCAUGAUUGUGGCAGGCCUGCUGCCCUCCCCUGACGUCGCGCUGGCCGCCACUGGCGUCAUCUACAACAUCAACACCACAGUCUUCAUGGUGCCCUACGGACUGGCCUAUGCGGUGUGCGCCCGCGUCGGGGCGCUGCUGGGCCAGCAAAACCCGCGAGGCGCCAAGCUGGCGGCCGAGGUUGGCACCGCCAUGGGCGUGGGUGUGGUGUCCCUGGCGUCGCUGGCGCUGCUGCUGCUGCGCCACCGCGCCGCCGCCCUGUUCACCACAGACCCCGCCGUCAUCCAGGCCUGCGCCGCCCUCAUGCUGCCGCUGGCGGCGCUGCUGCUGACCAACGGCACCACGGCGCUGCAGUCGGGCAUCCUGCACGGCUGCGGUCGCCAGAAGCAUGGCGCCGUGGUCAACGGCGCAGCCAACUAUGCGCUGGGCCUUCCGCUCAUGCUGCUCUUCGCCUUCAAGCUGCACGGCGGCGCGGAGGGGCUGUGGUGGGGCAUCGCCGCCGCCUCCCUCCUCCAGGCCGCCGUGCUGGUGGCGCUGGUCAGCGGGUUUGACUGGAGGGCAGAGGCGGAGCGUGCGGCGCGCCUGGUAAAGCACCUCUCGAAGGCAGACGGCCUCGGCUCGCUGGCUGAGGAGGGUGGCGAGGAGGCGCAGCUGUCGGGGGCGCGCAGCCUGGAGGCGGCGGUCUCGGGCGACGCGCUGAUGCCGCUGCCGGCGGUUCGGGGCGUGUGA